GGUUUCUCAUCCAUAAGUAAUGAUUUCCCCUAGAACCAAAAGAAUCUUCCUUUUCCUUCGUCGCAUCCCCCUAUAAAUUUCCCAAUCCUUCUCAAUGAAGGUUCUCCUCCUGUUAUUUUCCAUCACAAUCGCAUUCCUCUCGAUCGCAUACAAAGAUUCAAUAGCCACAACUAUCGAUUUCCUCAAAGCCGAAUACUCAAACGUUAAUAUAUCGUCUUUUAAAGGACUUCCACUCAUACCACCUCGCGCAAUUUACGGAGCACCGAAAUCAGCAAAUAUGACUGUUACAAGAGCUAUUCGCAAGGCGUUCCUUGCAAUUGAGCAGUCAGAGGGUGCGGGCGCAAGAGUUCGCCGCUCGAUCGGAACCCCUCAGUUGAAGAACUUCUCUCCUUUCCUCAUGCUCGACCAUUUCACCAUUAAGCCAGGAGCUGGAUUUCCAGACCAUCCCCAUCGCGGACAAGAAACAAUCACAUACCUCCUCGAAGGCGCAGUUGAUCACGAAGAUUUCGCAGGAAACGCGGGCACAAUCGAGGCGGGCGAUCUACAGUUCAUGACAGCAGGAAAGGGCAUAAUGCACGCGGAGAUGCCUCGACAGAACCCAGAUGGCUCUGCCAACGUCGGAAUGCAACUAUGGGUCGAUCUACCAGAAAAGCUGAAGAAAUGCGAGCCUCGAUACCGCGACUUGAGAGCCUCCGAAAUCCCAAAUAUCGACAUCGACGACGGAAAGGUACACAUCAAAGUCAUCUCUGGGCAAAGUCACGGAGUGGACAGCGUUAAGGAACUGGCAUAUACACCUGUCUGGAUUUUGGAUAUUGAUAUCAAGCCUGGCGGAAAGAUCACCCAGAAUCUGCCUGAGGGAUGGAAUGCUUUUGCUUACACAUUGAGCGGAAGCACAUCUUUUGGAGUUGGAGCCGACAAGACCUCCGUAGGACAGUUUCAUAAUGUUGUUUUCGAACAGAAGGGCGACCAGAUAUAUGCCGAAGUUGAGGAGGGAGCCAAAGAGAAUGGCCGUUUCUUCCUCGUCGCCGGUCUCCCUCUCGACCAAAAAGUCGUACAGUACGGACCUUUCGUACUCAACAGCCAAGAAGAAGUCUAUAAAGCAUUGAUGGAUUAUCAGACACAUUCGAAUGGAUUUGAACGGGCCAAGGGUUGGCAGAGUGAGAUUGGAAAGAGUAUGGUUCAUUGAGAUUGGAAAUGAAAAUCAUUUUUUGUUUUGUUUAUGGUGGAAUGAGCGUAUGAAAGGGGCUCGUGUAGGGUAGAUGAGAUGAGAUGAUUCCCAGAAUGGAUAGGCAUGUCUCUGUGCUUGGAGUACUUUUGUUAUUAUCGCUUACAGUCAUUGUGAAAUUGAUAUAUCUUCCCAGACAAUGCAGUCCCCUACAAUUGGUUCCAUUGUACCUCCCUAUCUAUUACUUAUCAGUACCAAAGCGACGCCCAUACCGAAGGGACGCCCACCUAUGCGCCGGAUGCAAGUCUGGCAGAUUCGAGACCUUAUGGCUCUAACGCAGUCAUAGAGGAUGAGUUUAUUUACAUUCUAGCAGCCCUACAGCGCGACAUACACCGCUCUAUAAAUACCAAGCUCAGACGGACUUUCCACCUUCCCACCUCUUGCUUCCUCCUCCCUCCUUCCUCACAAUCCACAAAUUCCUUAUCCACAAACCCGCCAUCUCACCAGAUCCAAACACAUCAUCACCCUCACCCUCCUCAAACCAAAUCAAAAACCUCCAAC